UGGAAAACAAUUGGUUGUUUCUGUUUUUCUGACGAUGUGUGUGUUUCAUCUCAAGGAGCCCAGGGAUGCAGCCGGUGGAGCAUCUUCAACUCAAGCAUGUCCUGCAGACAGUAUGUGUACUGGAGGCAGUUGUGCGCCGCAGUUUUGGCCCAGAGGGAGGACAGGUAUUGUUCACCCGAGACACAGGACAGGCCAUGUUGAGCCGCAGCGGGACACGCAUUCUCACAGCACUACGGCUUGAGCAUCCUUUGGCUAGGAUGGUGGUGGAUUGUGUCUGGAAGCAUAGCAUGGUAACAGGCGAUGGAUCCAAGACCUUUAUCCUUCUGUUGGCGUCAUUACUACGGAUGAUUCAUACAAUGGCCUGCAAGGAGCCUAAUGUGUCUCACACUUAUAACUCCAGGGAAGCAGCUGAGGCUGCCACUGCCAGGUGCUUGGCUGAUGAACUGCUGGCAUUUGCACGGGAGGAAUUGGAUGAUCUCAUCACAGUAGGAGUGGUCCCUCAUGGAUUCUGUGUUUUGUGGGAGGAUUCCAAUGCAAAAACACAAUCACCAGCUCACACAAACAAUCAGUGUGUUCAGAAGUUGCUAUCAUCAUUCUUUAACACUCGUCUUGGUCACACCCACUGUGACUUCAUAAGCAACCUCACCUGCGAACUGCUCGGGCACUGGAAGUUUAAAAAUAGCCCACCUUCUUUAGCUCUGCAGUUUGUAAAUGACAACUUCCCUGCACUGCAUACACCUGUAUCAGGCUUCCCUAUUAGCUGUUCACGUUUGAUUGAAGGGCAAAUCAUUCACCGGGACUUUGCUACGCCCUGCCCUCAGACUCACCACCAGCCAGUUAAGGCUGUAGUUUUCACCAGGUACCUACAGCCAAAAUUGCUCUGCGCAGGAGACGUGCUUGAGGUGGGAUGUGGAGGCCAAGUGAUGGAGAAGGAGUUGAGGAAAGAGAAGAGUAUUGUGGAGUUUAGUGCCUGGUCAGAAAGGUCACUAGAGUGUAUUUUUGCAAACCUCCUGCAUUUGGGUGUCACUGUGCUUCUGUCUGCAGUGAAACAGUCUGCUGCUGUCCUGGCUUUAGCUGCACAGUCAGAGAUGUGUGUUGUGGAGUGUGUUAGUGAAGAUGAGCUGUCUCUCUUUAACCAUCUAAGUGGGACUACACCUGUCUCAGACUGCUGGAUGAUUGAACCAGUGAAUGUUGCCACUCUGACCUUUUGCCGCCCAGUACUACUGGGAGCCCAUAGAUAUGUCCAUGUGGCUUUCCAUGAUGUAGAGGAAAGGGUAUUGGUCAAACCCUGUAGUCUGGUCAUAUGUGGCCCAGGGGACGGGCAAACAGACCAGUAUGCAUGUGCGUUUCAAGAUGCCAUCCGCAUGCUACUUACAACCUGCAAGCCCAUGGGUAUGACAGCUACCGCAUCAAAAAGAACCUUGCAUUCACACAAAAGCAGAUCUUUACAUACAGAUGAUCACUCUGAUGAAACCACCUACAUCUCCCCCACUGCGCAUCCCUUCCAGCAGUGUGUGUUGGAGCCAGGCUGGGUUAUACCUGCAGGUGGGACAUUUGAGUUUCUCUUGAAUCAUGCCCUCUUACAACGUGGCCACAGUUACUCAGUUUCUGAUGGCACAAAUAUGGGUAUCCCUGCUGUUUGCCAGCUCUUGGCAAAAGCUCUACUGAGUGUGCCCCGACAGAUUUACUCCCACAGUCCACGACAUUUCCUGCAGGUUCAAACCAAGAUCCUUGGUUUUAUUCCAGAUCAUUCCCACACUUUCAGGCUCAAACACAAACAAAAACACAACAUAAGCCUCAUACAGGGUUGCAGCACUAGUGAAUUUUCUCUAGAGGAUGGUAAAACAAGUAUGCAUUGUUGUAGAAAGGCUGACAUGCCAUCAAAAGUUUUUAUGUUGGACUUGGGCCUUGAAUCUGUCUCCUGUAAAUACCAGCUGCUUCUGGCCGUCCUGCAGUGUGUUACAAGUCUCCUCCGGGUGGACAUGGUGCUGUGUACACACACUGCCUUACACACACGGUCACGCAGGCUGGCAAACAUUUCCUGGGAGGGCACAGAGGAUGAGGCUGAGGACUGAGAUUGCAUUGUAACCCAUGGUGAAAACUGUAAACAUAUUUUCUCUUGGUACUUACUCAGGUAUAAUUCAAAAGUUAGAGGAAUUAAUUUGCACUUUAUUACAAAUUGCUACAGAAAUUUUGUAUGGCAGAAUUUUCUGUUUAUUCCACUGCAGUAUAUUUGUAAUCAAUUUAUUGGUAAUGCAAGUCUUUUUCACUCCUACAGAAAUAGUAAAUUACAUUUCAUGGCAGUACUAAUGUGUGGUGAAGUUUAUAGGCCAGUAAAAUUUUAAGGUAGUUCUGUACCAUUGUGUCUUGAAUCAAGGCUAGACAUUCAUUUCUGUUAUACAGAAUGUGCAGUUGUUAUCAAAUAAUUUUUGUUAAUUUUAAAUAAAGUGAGUCUGCAAGUGUU